CUAUGUCAAACCUCUUGUCCACGCCUAUAAUUGCACCAGGAAUGAGACUACUGGGUUUAGUCCAUACGAACUGAUGUUCGGCCGACAGCCUAAACUUCCUGUGGAUUUGGCUUUUGGAUUACCUCUAAGGGACAAGGAGGAAAUUUCACAUUACCAGUAUGUGAAAACACUUAGAUCCAACUUGGAGGAGAGUUUCAGAAUUGCAUCCGAACAUGCUAAGAAAAUGGCCGGAAGGAACAAAGCACGUUUUGAUAAACGAGUCACUGUUUCCCAAUUGCACAAAGGAGACCGAGUCCUAGUGAGAAAUGUUCGUCUACGGGGAAAGAAUAAGCUUGCAGAUAAGUGGGAGGGAGUGGUCUAUGUGGUGGAGAGUCAAAGUGGUGACCUUCCUGUUUUUAAGGUACGCCCUGAAACCCAAGCUGGGCCCAUUUCGAACAUUACAUAGGGAUCUGUUACUUCCUUGUGGUGACCUUCCUUCUGAAGUAGAUCAUCCGGUAACUCAAGGUUCAUUUCCGAAGCGGAAAACACGGAAAAGAAGGGGAAAUGAGACAUCCACAGAAGGAGCAGAGUUCCAGGAUUCUGAGGAAGAUGAGGUCUAUUGUUUAAGACCCAUGUUUGAAAUGGAUGAGCCGUUUGUACCUCAGAAGUCCUUUAUGGAAGAGUUUAACAUCAUGGAUGAAGAUACACCUAAUACCGGUCUGAUGGUAAAUCAAGGAUCUGCAGAUGUUUCACCUGAGGCGUUUGCAGCUGUUGAUAACCUUCCAAUUGGUGAUCUUGUUUUUGCAAAUGGUUUACCAGAAAGAGAGCCAGCUGCAAGAGAUAAUUCACCUGUGAGUUCAGAAGCUCUACCUGUAGAAGGAAAGGUCAGUGAACAAAGUGUUUUUCCUACCUUGAGUACGCAGGGAGAGUCAGGAGUUCCAUUGAUUCAAGUUGAAAGAGGACCCUUGCAUGAGGCAAGUUCCAGUAAUCAAGCGUCGAGUGAGGGAGUUGUGGGUGAAUCGGCAACAGAACAAAAUGAGCGUGAAGUGAGAAGAUCUUCAAGACAAAGAGAGAGGCCAAAGAAAUUGACUUACCCUGAACUAGGGAAUCCUCUUGUGACAAUAGUGCAGUCCCUUCUUCAAGGUCUCAAUAUGGCACUUGUAGACUCAUUUCAAGAUCUCACGUCUGUAGAACAACUCAGAUUCCCCAGUUUUGGAUAUGGUGAUGGUGUGCAAAGGGACUUGCACAUAUUAAAAGGGGGAGAGUGUAGCCCAGGGUCAAAUUAAGGGAAAAAAUGAAUGGCCACAGUUCUGGAAAAAAAAAAAGAAUGCAUAAAACUCUCUUAGUAAAUUAAAUAAAUAGUUGUAUUUUUGUGAAAAUGCACUAAUUUCAAAUUUAUAUUAAUUUGGAAGUUAUUAAGUAAAACUGCACGGAAAAUUGGUAGAGUUUCACUGCAGAGGUAGACCAACCAAUUAGAUUUGUUCCUUGAUGGUAGCCCCACCCAGGAAGAGUUCGGGAAAAAAAAAGAGAGACUUGAUUGAACUGGAUAGAACGCUCGCUAAGAAAGCAGAAAUAGACUAUUAAAGAGAAUAACAGUUGAAUUAAAAUCUAAAUCAAUUAGGAGGUCGGAAUCUAACGAGAUUUGUUGUUUGAGUGAGAAAAAUAAACUACCAACGUGGAAUCGGGGACUUUGAGAUCGGAUUGAUUAACUUUAUAUUAACUGCGUCAUACAGAGGAAACACCAUAUUAACUACGUUGUUUUCCAAGGGAAUUGGCCGGGUUUUUUUGUGCUGUCGGAGACUGUGUUCAAACUAUCGAUUCGUAUAUGCGGGACUGACUGUUCGAGGACGAGAAGUAGACGGCGAGCCAUCUAUAGAGCGAAACGGACUGAAAUUCACGGGAUUCUCAUCGUAAAACUGGUUGGAUACAUUUUUUGAGUUUUUUCCUGCACACUAUACUUCUCAACUGAGCGGACAGAAGAUUUAAUGGUUGCUCAUUGAGUAAACUGAGCCCUUAAAGAGACGGUGUCAGUUGAUCUCCCCAUUCAUAGAGAAUGGUUGCUCAUUCAUCAUUGUGUAGCGAUACGAAUGACACAUUGUAUUUUCUGUUUAUGUGAUCCUGAUAUUGACACAUUGAGGUUUGAUUUAGUUUAUUUUGUUUGGGGUGUGGUACGUACCUGAGCAUUUUGUGGCCACUGUGGGAGGUUAAAUGGUUUAAAGCUCAGUACUUUUUGAUGUAACCUGAGGGAGGAAAAAGUAAAUUGUUAUACAAAUAAGAGAGGAGAAGUAAACUUCAAAUUAAGGGUUAAAAUAGGAGUUAAAUACAUAAAUACAUUUUCAGAUAGUAUAAGCAAAAGUAGGUGAAAUAAGAGUGAACUUUGUUCAAGUGGAAACAUUUCUAACGUUAUUGUGAUUUGUUUGCAUAAAUUGUGAGUUAAUUUGUCCAUCGAAGAAUCCUCCCGUCAUUGUUCUGAAGAGGACAAAUUAACUGAAUUUCUGAGUAAUCACUCAUCUGUUAGUUUGUAUUUUCGCACGAUUAUUCUCUGCGUUUAGAUAUAUACGCAUAAAACAUUUAAAUCACCUUAACCUGUCAAGUGUGUUUCCUGCCUCCUGCGAUACCUAAAUCUUCUGAAGGCUUGUGACUAGUUGGAAGGUUCGGGUAACCAUUAGUACCUGUAAUUACCACAAGCUUAUUUUGGUACCACGAUAGUG